AUGCUCGUAUCCUCCGCUUUCCACAACACUCCUCACAAGGACUCGCUUGGCUCAACUUCAAGCCACAACAACUAUGCCUAUCCUUCCCCCUCGCUCUCCCCUGUCACCCUUUUCCACGCCACCAUGGACUCGCUCGCCAAAGAUAACCGCCACCGCCCUUCCGUCAAGUGCCUCAUGAACCUGUCAAACCCCCCAGUUACUUCUCUCGACGCCCUCGUCCUCGCCCUGGAAGCUACUGCUGAAGAAUUGGAGGGUGACUUCGAGUACGCCCACUAUAGACCAGCCUACUCAAUCGACUUUGACGACUAUGACAACGAAAACGAGGACCCCAACGCCACCGUCCCCUCGUCGCCUACCUUCUUCAUGAAAAAGUCUAGCGACCUAGGCGAGACCCCAUCUCUCCACCAGCUUCCCGCUUUGUCCUUGCCGGAAUCAGUCGUCUCCUCCCAAGCUACGCCUCCUCCUGCUCCAUCAAUGUCCUAUGAGGCUUCCUUCCCGCCUUCCCCUGUUUCUCCUACGCUCCCUCUGAGCACCUUCCCUGACCAGAUGUCGACCGUUCCCACAACAGCAAUGAGUCCUCAACGCAAGAUGUCCGUAUGCAGCCAAAGCUCUGUCUCGUCGUCAGGAUCGAGCAGCGAGCGCACAAAGUCGUUUGCCUGCAUGAUUGGGACCUGCCAGAAGAAGUUUUACCAAGUCGCCCAUCUCCGUAUUCACGAGCGGUAA